AAUUUAUUCAGCAGUCCAUCCCACCACAACGACCUUCCGAUCCCAGACCUUGCCGAGUUGGGAGAAUGCCCGAGGCUAUCAACGCAUAAUUCCAGAUCAAAGUAAAGUGAGGCAACUCCGAGGGAUCGGCCAAGAUCUCCAGCCAAGGCAUUGAUUCGGUGGAUCGUGCAUUAGAGCGCCAUGUCCCCGAAGUACCUAGGUAAGUAGUUCUCCGAGCAGUAGGUACCAAGCAAGCACGUAUCUCCACGAGUCCUCCUCCGCCGAAUACCCAGGGAAGUAACUACCUAGGUAACAUCCACAACGCAGCCUCGUCCUCUAACCCAUGCCAGGCAUGCAUGCAUAGUUACACAACAUCACAGAAUCCAAAUUCGCCACGGCGGCCGGCAGAAUAAUCAUCCCUCCCUCCCUCGGGUCGCCAUGCCAUGCCAUCCCAACCCCAGGAAUCUCAUCUCAGCACACUCACACUCGCACCUCGAGCCGAGCCGCGCGCGGCGGUUUCCCCGGAUCGGAUGGAUCCUAGUUACUUUAUCCCCCCCGUGGAGCAAGCAGGUCAGGAGGGCAACCUUGCUUGUUAUGCGCGAGUCCAACAUGACGAGACGCGAGCGAGGCUUGGAUUGACCACAGCGGGCACAGCACAAAUGCUGCUUUGGGAUCACCCACUAUUGGAUUAUGCUUAUGGUGUAACAUGCUUAUUAAUAGAACGAAAACGCAAACUGCACGUUGCACACCGCCAGGCGCCAGCCGCGAGCCGCGAGCCAGCGUUGCAGUGGAUCGGAUCGCAGCGGUCGACCCCAACAUGCCCGCCUGCCGUGGAGUAUGCAUGGACCCCCAGAGUGGGGUGAGUGUGCCGCGCGGGUCGGCCUGGUCGGAUGAGACGCAGAUUGGUGGGUAGGACAAAGAUGCCCACAACACGCAGCUCCUGGCAGGAUACCAUUUGCACCCAUCUGGUCCAGCCCAACAGCAGUCGACGCCUGGGUCUGUCAGAAACUGAGCAGAAAGUGCUGAUGUGUUGGUCCUUGACCAACACAUCAGCAGCGUCAGCGCUAAUUGCAUUACUCGUGGGGCCUGCCCACUUUCGGCUAAGAAAUAGUUCUUUCGAGCCUUGUGGCGUAACACGUGGGAUUUGAUUGUUGCGUUAAUCUUGCGAAACCAGGCUCGGCCCGCGUCCUAUUCGUCUGAAGGAAGCGACUAUAGGGUGCUGUCGAGGUUAUUUGUGGAAAAGAGACGGCGUAGGGGACCAGAUGGUGCGUGGGGGCGGCCGGGACAGAAGGUAUAUAAGUCCAGCAUCUCUGCGACGUCUUCCCAACAUCUCUUUCUUUUAAUCUAGCCAUAGAAACCAUAGAUCUCGAAGAGCAACUUGCACGCAGCCUUGAUCCUUUAUUCGACUUACAAUUUGCAACCAUGUCCUCUGAAGUCAAGACGGAAUUCCUCGUGGUGGGCGCAGGCCCGGCAGGAGCAGCUCUUGCAAGCUUUCUCGGACAGAAUGGGAUGAAGGGACUGAUGAUCGCUGGUGCAUCCGGCACGGCAGACACGCCCAGGGCUCAUCUCGUGAACCCGUUCACACUGGAGUGCCUGCGUGACCUCGAUGUUGAAGACGAUGCCAUGAGAUUGUCUGUUCCGCCAGAGAUGAUUGGGGCGUUCCGGUAUUCCAAAAGUCUUCUUGGCCAGGAGUUGGGGAAUGUUGAGCACUGGGAGGGUGUGCACGACAAUGCGAUGAAAAUCAAAAAAUACACGCCCUCCAGAUGGGUCGACCUGCCACAGACAUACCUCGAUCCUAUCCUGGUCAAGCACGCGUCUCACCAUGGAUUCCCAACACGGUUCUCGACGCAGCUUGUCUCGGCAGAGAAGGACUCGACGGGAGAGUGGGUCUGCACGGUGCAGGACCUUGUCCGUGACGACACUUAUCGCAUCCGGACCAAAUAUCUCUUUGGCGCCGAUGGUGGUCGCAGCCAGGUCGCCAGGUCCACCAAUGCCAGACUGGAAUCGCAGCCCUCAUCGGGGAUUGCCUGUAACAUCUUGUUCAAGGCUGAACUAUCACACCUGAUGGAGGGGAAACACGCGCAGCUGCACACCAUCAUCAACCCAAGCGGCAACUCGCGGUUUGGCAAUGGGCCUGUGGUGCGGAUGGUCCGCCCGUCUAGCCAGUGGAUGCUGAUCUCCUUCUUCCCCGGCAUCACGGCUGACCAGGACCCGUUCAAGGGAGUCAGCCCAGAAGACCCAGAGCUCAUGUCGUGGGUCCGUGAGAAGAUUGGGCUGGAUGAAAACCCACUGACCAAGGACAUCGAGGUGAAGAUCGAGCGGCUUGACCCAUGGGUCGUCAGGGAGACAGUUGCGCAAGACUUUACGCCUGAGAAGAACGCGUUCCUGUUGGGUGACGCAGCACACCGUCACCCGCCCUCGUAUGGCCUUGGAAGCAACACCUGCGUCCAGGACGGAUACAACCUGGGCUGGAAAGCGGCAUUCGUGGCCAAGGGUCUCGCUGGCCCAGGGCUCCUUGAGACGUACAACACGGAGCGGCAGCCGGUGGGCGCACAGCUGGUCAGGGAGGCCAACCGGUGCCUGCUUAUGCACGUAAAUGUAUGGGCGUCGCUCGGGAUGAUGGCGGAGAGCCAGCAAGAACGGGAGCGUAUCCACGGCCUCCUGACUGAGACGAGUGCGGAGGGAGAGGCGCGGCGGCGGCAACUUCACGAGGCCAUGGAGGCCAAGAUGGGGGAGGGCAAGAGUCUCGGGCUGUGCAUGAACCAGUGGUAUGAGUCGACGGCGGUGUACCUCGAGGACGAGCCAGGGCCACGAGUUGUGCCAGAUGGCUUCGAUCGUAUCUCGGACGUACAUGUGUCGACGUACCCGGGCACGCGGCUACCACACGCGUGGCUGGACAAGCCGGCCAGGAGAAAGGCCAUCUCGACGCACGACCUGGCUGGGAAGGGGGCGUUUUGCCUGCUGACGGGGUAUGGGGGAGAUGACUGGAAGGAAGCAGCGCGUAAGAUCUCAGCCAAGACGGGCAUCCCCAUCAACGCGCACAGCAUCGGGUUUGGCCUUGAGUGGCAGGACGUGUACCGCGAGUGGUACGAGAGGAGGGGCGUUGAAGACUCUGGCUGUGUGCUGGUCCGGCCGGACCGGUUCGUGGCGUGGAGGAGCCCCAAGGUGGUGGAGGACUGCGAGGGCAAGCUGGCGGCGGUGUUGGACAAGAUCCUGUCCCGCAGCUAAGGCCAUGUGCAGACAUAGAUAGAUGCACGGGCCCGUGGUGCCGUAUGCCAAAGAACUGUUGACCACUGGUUGGACUCGUGUAUACCAGGUCGAGCAUAGCAUAUAGAUUAGAUAGUCGUCCACGUGAAUAGCAUAUCAUUUCAUUUCGAGUGCCGAGCAGACUGAAAGCAAGGUUUGGGUCCACGGGAAGAAUGAGCCAUGGCUGUUGAUGCUGACGAUGCUGACGAUGCUGGCGACGUCAGUGAAGCCUGCACGAACCAGUUCCAAGGACUCGCUUGGCUCGCAAGGAUGGCGUCACCUGCACGCGACGUUCGUUAUCUUGGCCUGGAGUCGCAUCAGACAUUAAUUAGCCUGCAGGCUUGGUGCGGGACUAGAGAGCAGCAACACACGCAUUCUAAGUUCGAACCUGGCUUGUGUACAUGCUGGCUGGCACGCGACACGUCCCCAAAGUUCUGCGUGUAGAAAAGAGACUGAAAGAGACGGCGUAGGCGCGUGACGAGAUUGCAUGAAGUGAAGCCUAGUCAACGGCUUGGAUCUAAGAUUGGCGCGCGAAGUGGCAUAGUG